UCCACCCUGGUUCUCACUAUGCCAGGAUAUGUUCUGUUCAUCUGCAGCAGCUCCACACACACACACACAAACACACACACACGUGAGGACAGGGGACCGCCGCUGGACACGCUGACAGUGUUGUCCUCGUCUCUCAGUGUUUUGUGGAGUUUGUAGUUUAUUUGGAGCAGAAGGGCGUGGCUGUGGCUGACGACAGGAAGCUCUGACAUUUUGGGUGCGACGAAAGUGCCUGCUGCGUUCACACCUCACAGUCGACAUCAUGUCCAGGUCAGACUACCCUCCAGGGUAUGAGGAAUCUCAUGGCCCGCUGUAUGCACCUCAGGACGGACCUUACCAACCUCCCCCUGCCUAUGGCUUUCCAUCUUAUGGUGGUUUCCAGCCAGGCCAGCCGUCUGCUCCCUACCCCACUGGACCAAACACUCCUUUGUACCCAGGCCAGCCAGCUGGCUACCCUCCUGGCCCAUACCCAGGACAGCCUUACCACGCUGGGCCUCCAGGGGCAGGCUACCCCAAUCCACCUCCCAUGCCCCCUAUUAUUCCACCUACCAUACCAUCAGAUGUCCUGAGCUCUGGUGAUGAGUUUGCUGCAAGCGGCAGCAACUGGGACAGUCUGAGUAUUCGGCAUGCCUUCAUCAGAAAGGUGUAUUUGAUUUUGGCGACUCAGCUCCUCGUCACCACAGGCAUCGUGGCUGUAUUCACCUUUGUUGAACCUGUCAAAUAUUUCAUACAGCGAAACCAAGCUCUCUACUGGACAGCCUACGGUGUAUAUAUCGUCGUCCACCUUGUACUAGUCUGUUGUAAAGGCCCCCGGAGGAAGUUCCCAUGGAACGUCAUCCUGCUUGUCAUCUUUACGCUGGCUUUGUCCUACUUGACUGGAACAAUAUCCAGUUCCUAUGACACAAAAGCAGUGUUUCUCGCACUGGGGAUCACCGCUGUUGUCUGCAUCGCUGUGACCGUAUUCUGCUUCCAAACAAAGGUCGACUUCACCAAGUGUCAGGGUCUCUUUUGUGUCCUGGGGAUCGUAGUAUUUGUCACCGGCAUCAUUACAACCAUUGUGCUGUCCUUCAAAUAUAUUCCGUGGCUUCACAUGCUUUAUGCAGCUUUGGGAGCCAUAGCCUUCACUUUGUUCCUAGCGUACCACACACAGCUGCUGAUCGGCAACAGAAAACACUCCAUCAGUCCAGAGGAAUACGUGUUCGCUGCUCUCUCUCUCUACGUCGACAUUGUCCAGAUCUUCCUCUUCCUGCUGCAGAUUAUUGGCGCUUCAACCAAAUAAGUCCACAAGGUGCAAACAAGCAUCCAGCUGCAAAACCAUUCAAUACUUUUUUAAACCUCUGCUUGUUCUCACUCAGAAUGAGAACACAUGCAUGAAGUCAUGUUGUACUUCAGGGAACACAAAAGGAAGAAUUUGAGAUUUUGUUAAAGUGUAGUUUCAUCAUAUGCACAAAAAAAUGCACUUUUUUCUGAAAUCGGUAUUUGUCUGUAUCUGCAUUAACAACUAUCCAAUAUUAGCUAUUACCAAGAAUAUUAAUACUACAGUAUAGAUAUCUGUUGACAUUGGAAGCUGCAACAUUUAUUCAUCCUUGCUGGACUUCAGUUAAAUUGAUCGUUGUCUGCACAUUUUUCUCUCCAUGAACAUGUACUGCUGCAUAUAAGCUGUUAUCUAUUCUGUAUACAUUUUGAGAUUUUUGAUGUAAUAGUCAGUCAGAUAUUGCCAACUUUAUCGCUGUUUCUAGUAGGGGUGGGCAUUAUCCAAACCUCUAAACCAAGUAACCUGGCCAGGAUUGUGAAAUCCAUACCAACUUUGAAUCAUUAAUAUAUUCAUAUUCAUUAUUGACAGUAACAAAUGUAGAAAUGUGCCCUGAUUUGUGACAUGAAUUUAUAAUUAAUAGGCUGCAUAUAAGUAUGUUUCACUUACCGUGGGAUGUGACUUACCGUUUUUUUCAGAUUCUCUGUAAUUUAAAGGGAUAGUUCAGGAUGAGCGUUAGAUUGUGUGAUUAAAACCAUCCAUAAGUCUGUUCUCUAAAUUAAAAGUCUGCAUACAGUAGACGCUUAGCUUGGCUUAGAUAAAAAGCUGUAAAUAGAGGGAAACAGCUAGCCUGGCUCAGUCUGAUGAUUCAAAAAAAGAAAAAUCAGCCUACCUGCAGCUGUAAUGCUCAAAAAACAAUUGUGACACAUCUUAAUUUAAAUCUGUAUAAAAACUGGAGUACAACACAACAAAUAUGUGUGUGGGGAGGGGGUUCAAUCUUACUAUACUAGGUUUCAGGAGUGCAGCACAUGACCUCUAGUAAAAACAAAUGGAUAUUUUUACACCAACAUAUACGUUUCCUCAGCAGCAUCUGUGAAGUUUGUAUAAUCUAUGUGUAUAUUAGGGUCAGAGGCUGGGAGGUGGGUUUCGUUUCUUUUGAGAGAGCCAGGCUCAUUGUUUCCCUCUCUUCCAACCAUCAUGCUAUACUUAGCAUGAUUUUACAGAGACAAACAAUGAGCAUGUUUCUCAUUAAGCUAUUAUAUACAUGUUAAAAGGCAAAAUUGGAUGUUAAAGAAAUGUUAAAUGGGAACUCUGACUACUCUUAGAACAGAAGCUAAAAAAAGAAACAGUGCUGCUCUGUAAGAAAUGUAAAUGUUAUGUUUGGUAUCGAUCCUACUGACUCGUAAUGAAAUGCAAAACUUCCUAAUGAUUGUAUCAAUACUUUGGAGCUUAACAUGCCCAGCCCUGAAGUACAGCUCAGUAAUGACAGCAUCAAUGGUCUUUAACACACUUGUUCUAAUGUUAUCAUUAAUAUUCAACAUCACUAGUGCCUUCACCAUGACGAUGUUUCAGAGGAUUACAUCUGUUUUACUUAAAGAAGUGCAGGGUUAUAUUCAAUAAGCUUUUAUAGUAGUUACAUACUGUAAGUGCCUCUUCAUGUAUUAGUCAGAUUUUGUUCAGACGCUUAGAGUCAGCAGGGCAGGUUUUUCCACUGGAAAGAACAAUCAGUGCCAUAGUGUUGAAUUACUGGAACACUUAUGAACGUUGGUGCGUUCCAGCUAAAUUGGCACAUUGUCCAAUAUCUUUGACAUGAUCCGCUCCGACCAGCGGCUCCUCCACACACACCUACACACCACUAGCUAAUGUUAAAUAUAACGCUUGACUCUAAAUCAACAUGGCAAACAUUUUGAGUGUGCAGCAUAGACAGUAUGGUUGGGUUUGUAAAUAUAUAACAUCAGUGCUAAAGAAUCUGUUUGCUUUUUAAUAUCAAAUAAAACUGUUUAGUUUGA